GCCCCGAGAAGGGCGGCCUUCGGUUUCUGGCUGGCCUGCCUGCCUGCAGAAGGUCAGGAAAGCCAGCCAGAAGGAGGUCCUCGAACCAACCGAGCCUGGAUGGUCUGUGGAAGCGGAAGGGACCCCAGUGAGGCCCUCGGCCUUCACCCACGUCCUGAGAAGGCGAAAUCUCCCUGGAAAAGGCAAGGACGCCGGGCAAGAUCGAAAGCAGCAGGAAAGAGGGAAGACCCCAAUGUGAGAUGGGCUGACUCCCUCCAGGAAACCACAACCUCUAGGCCGCGACUGCUGAGCAGGCUGGUUGAAGACGGGAGAUUGCGGCGAUGGCUCAUUCAUAAGGUGGCCCUAAAUCGGCGGUGCGUUGAAGGCACAGAACAGCCCCGGCAGCCUCAAGAGAAAAGACAGCGAGGCUGAUGAAGAUCUGUGGCGUGAUGUGCCCCUGCUUCCUUGGGUUGAUGUUGUGGGGGGUUUCCAGGGGUGGUGGAUGCUCUCAAAGGAAGAGACUAUCCUCCUCCUCCUUUUCCUUUUCCCUGUUUUUCCCUCAUCCCUUCUCUCCGUAGCAUGUUAUAGAGCAUUGGGAGGUGCUGCCGUGUCCCUUCGGAGCACCUUGACUCCGGACCCCUUCAGCCUUCCAGCCUCGCUCAGCGGUGUCGGCUUCGUGCUGCUUCAGAGUCCAUCAUGGAGUCCAUUCGCAACUCGGAGGACAUGUUGGCCAAAGCAAGCCAACUCUGGACAAUGCUGGACGACAUGGCGGAAAACAGCCCAGAGAGUUACCGCCAGUUUAUGCGGCAGCAAAUGAAAGAGGCAAAAGAGUAUUACGCUCCGCCAGAGCCAUAUCUCUGCCUCAGGACCCACAUUUUGGCACCUACUGAAAAAAUACUCUUCGUGAACAUCUGCGGGUGGAAUAGGGUCCCCGCACCUUGCUCACCAUCUGAGCCAGUAUCGUUAAGUGCUGGCAAAAUACAGGAGGUGUCGCAUCCGUCAGAACUUUACAGCAUCAUUGAUAUUGCAUUUAACCCAUCUGUCCUUGAGAGGAGAAAUGAGGACGUGACAGACAAAGACCAGUUGAUACAUCUGGUGCUCAGGUAUAUCGAGGAACAUUAUGACAUCACUCUGUCCCCCUCAUACAGCCGCGAAAACUUUAAACUGAAAGGAAGUCUUGAAAGGAUGAGGCAGAGCUUGAGAAAAGAACAGCCACCCUUGGCUUUGUCUAAGAACACAAAGCAAGAAGUGACCCUCUGCCACCUGGGAAACAUGGUCGCCAAGGAAGACAGCGGUGACCUUCCUGUGCGGAGGAAGGACGCACAGCCGGCUGGAAGGUGCCUUAUUGAGGAGGUUUCCUGCACAGAGAGCCCUGAGGAAUUGUGCACACCGGCUUAUGAAAUCGCCACCAGGAAGGAUGCCAAUGGGAAACCCCUGAAGAUAGAGCUGAAGGUCAAAUUGCCGGAGUUGCGGCGCAUUUCAGAAUGUAGCCUGAGCAUUUCUAAGGAUGACCUGUUGCUUGAAUGCCCAGGCAAAUGCAGGCUGCAGCUGGAUCUUCCUGAGGUUGUGAAUGAAGAGGCGGCAACGGCAACAUUUCACAAGAGGAAAGGGGUCCUGCUCAUCACAAUGCCCGUGGUGUGAGCAGAAGCGGCGAGGGCAGUAAGCGUGACAGACGUGAAUAUGCUACAUUGUGUGUCAGGGUACAUACCCUUCACGUCCUUCACACUUUGAAAGACAUUGUGACGUUGCAUGCGUUAAUAUUAACUGUGUUGGCUCUGCCUUCUGGAAGGAAUCCCGGCUGCCCUUUGGACACAUGCCCAGGCUCAGUGAACAUGCUGACUUGGAGAUAAAACCCAAGUACAGAAGCGAAACUCGACACUACGUGAAAGUGUUCCAACAUUUACUUUACAUGUGUUUUUUUCUCUAUAUGUGAUUUAUACUAUAGUAGCCAAACUUCAGAGACUCUGCAAAUGUGUCUCUUAAAGCAGUAAUAAACUUGGUUGUCCCCUCAUUUACUGAAACAAAGUAACCAAGCUCUAUUGCUGAAUUAUUUCAGGAUUUGAAUCAUAUCCCCCCACAGCAAUUUAAGAGUUCACUGUACGUUUUCAUCUUGAAAACAUGGAUAUAAGUACAUGUUUUCCGCCAAUGAUAGGUAUGUGGGGGCAGGUAAACUAGCAGAAUGGAUCUAAAUAUCAGUUGCCCAUCACUUGAAUCAAGAGUUUGCUUUUCAUAACUGAAGUUGUCCAAAAAGCAGGCUGGCUUUCAGUUCAGGAUGUCCUCUGGUAUUCUAAAUAUACCACCUACCCACCCCAUCUACCUAAAAGGCUGCCCAUAUGGUGUUUCUUAGCUGCCACCACAAAUAAGUAGCUGGAAUCAAGAACUGAGGAGAAACAAGAAACAUUAAAUUGCUCAUCCCCUGCUGACAAAACAUCCAAUAGACCAGCACUUAACUGCAAAAAGUACACUCAGAUUGCAGAUUAUUUAAAAAAAGAAACAGCAGGCAGACACAUAAUUUAAACAACUUGGAUUCUAAAAAUAGCUGAGAAGUGCACACAGCCGCUAUGCGGGUUGAUGGCACAGACCUUCCAAAGCGCACACCACCUCAUGGCCUGACAGAGACACGUUUGGCUGACCGAACCAGGCGAAAGUGACCUCACCAAAUAGGCGUUUGGCGGGAGGGACAAUAAGGAGAAGCAGUCGGAUGCACUUCAAACAUUUAAUGGAACACGGCUGGCUGAACAGGCCAGCUUGGAACUGAGUGAGGAGUAAGUGCAACUUGCUCUUUACCCGAUUAGUAAAA